CCGAUUUUCUCGCGACCCGAGACGAGAAUAUUUCCCAGGACUGGGGGCAAGUACGGGAAAAAAGAAUAUGCCUACCACUUGCCAGCUCAACACGACGCGAGACGCUCAAAAAAAGGAAUUGGAAAUUCCAAAAUCUCGCGGUUGUAAAUUCUGAAAAUCUCGUAGUCGUCGUCAUCGUUGGGACACCUAUAUUAAGGACGGGAGAUCGGCAGCAAUUUCUCAUCCAUUCAUUCAUCUUCGUGGGCCUUUCACGGAGAGAGAGAGAGAGAGGAAGAAGAAGAAGAAGAAUAAGCCAUUGCAGUUUCCAGCGAUUCUGAAAUCCCUAGUUCAAAAUAAUGGCGUUCACGAAAACCCUAGCUGAGCGCCUCUUCAAAAUCUCCAGAAUCUCGACGAAUCAGUCCCUGACCAACUGCCGGAUCUCGUCCUCCGCCACCGCCCGCAGCCGGAUUCCUCAGAGCAAGCCCAAAUUUGCUCCUGAUCCCGGAGAUAAUGCCGGGUUCCGCCGAUUGUUCCACCGGAAGGCGGCGGCUGGGACGGCGGAGCGUCCGUUGGCCAAACCGUUCCAGGUCGGCGCGGGGGGAAACCUGAUGGAGAAGCUCAGGGUGUUCGACAUUGUCCGAGAUAGAGUCCGGUUGGACGGACUCGUCCCUCCCCCGCCGGUGGUAAAUGGAUCGGAGGAACCUACCACGGCGGCCAAGGAGGAGCUGACGGUAGACGACGCGAAGAAGCUCCUCCGAGUGGCGCGAUUGGAGAUGGUGAAAUCGAAGCUGCGAGACGCGGAAAGAAACUGGAUGCCGCGAUCGGAGUUCGUUCGGAUCUGCGGUGAAGUUUGUUCGGAUCCGGAUGAGACGAAUCGGGUCGCCCGGGCGCUCGACGAGUCCGGCACCGUUAUCGUCUUGGGAGAUGCAGUGUUCCUAAAACCGAAAGCGAGAAGGAACCCACCCCAUAGCUCUGUCUCUCUGUUUCAACAGUGACAAAGAUUGAUUCUUUUUUCGUCUGAUUAAUAUGGUCCUACUAAGACUUUGAUUGGGUUCCAACUUAUGAAUCCAACCAAGCCUUACUAUCACCGUUUUGGAUCAACUAAGUGCCUCAAAACCUUUUGGGGUGGGGGAUGAAAGGGUUGAAAGUUAAAACAAGUUCUGUUAUCUGUGGGAAACAGGGGAAUAUUUGGGGAGGGUUAUGAUUUGGGGAAGAUAUAUAGAAUUGGAUCGUAUGGUACAAUCUAGCAAAGUUAGCAACCAAUUGGGUCCUUAGUAGAUUAGGAUUUGGUGUGGAUAAUAGGGAUUGAAAUAUAUGAUAUGCAUAGGCUAGGGUUUGAGAGAUUGGAAAAGAAAAAACAGAGUAUUAUUAUUUAGAGACUAGUGGUCUAGUGGAUGUCUGUUGUUAUCCAUUUGAAUUGUUGCAGAAAAGAACAAGAGGGGAUGAGCUAAGAUUUGAUCUUAGAACAACAAACAUAGAAAAAGAAGGAAUUAGGAGGAGUUGAUGUCCAAUUAGGAUAACAGUUUAUCCAUAUGCUUUAUUAUUCUUUAUUUCCAGCACUCUUUCCAUGCCUGCUUGGCUCUUAUCUUGGUGGGCUUCAGCAUAAAAGCUGAUAUAACAAUUGGUUAUGCUUGUUUUCCUCUUUCAAUUGCUUUUCUAAUCUUCAUUUCAAGACACCAUUGGUUAGUCAUUUAUACAUUCAUCACUUGUUCUUCAUAAAAGAAAGAGCAAAUGCAGCCUUAAAAAGAAAGAGACAUUGUCAAGAUGCUCAUGCUGAUAUCAAAUGAUGAUACAUGGAUGCAGCAAGCCUUUACCCCAACCAAAUGGGAAUUUUCUUUUGUUUGUGAUCCAUUACAGGUAGUGAAAGCCAUUGGAGGCCUAAUCCCAUUCCCAGCAACAAACCCAAACGACCCAAGGAAGAAGGAGCUGGACCACUUGGAGCAGCAGAAAGCCCUGAUCGACCAGAAAGCCAUCGCCCGAGUAAGGCGAGAGCUCUGGGGCGGUCUGGGAUACCUAGUGAUCCAAACCGCCGCCUUCAUGAGGCUCACAUUCUGGGAGCUCUCGUGGGACGUCAUGGAGCCCAUCUGCUUCUACGUCACCUCAGUGUACGUCAUGGCUGGCUACACGUUCUUCCUUAGGACCUCGAGGGAGCCCACGUUUGAAGGGUUCUUCCAGAGCAGGUUCCUCGCCAAGCAGAGGAAGCUGAUGAAGGCUCAGAAGUUCGAUCUCGAGAGGUACAACGAGCUACGAAAGAUUUGUUACCCCUUCACCAACGCAGAAGAGGUGGGAAGUCCUGGUCUCUUGUUCUCGAGCAGCAGUCGUUCUGAGUUUGAUGGCAAAGUCGGGAAGGUUUGUUGAUCUCGAAAGGGCGGGUAUGUGGUCUGUGUUUUUUUUUUUUUUUUUAAUAAUUAACAACAAAAGGAGAAGAAAGAAGAAGAACUAACAGCUAUUACUGUUAUGAAACAGAAUGAAACCAGAAUCUUGUGACGACCCAUAAUCCAUUCUCUUCCCACCCUUUUCAAACCAACCCUCUACCUGAACUGACCCUUUAGAAUGUAGCUUGCGGGAAACCCUGUAACAAAGUGGAGAGUGUUUUUUUUCUUCUUGUUAUUAAUGGAAAUAUAUGAUCAGAAGCAAAGCUUUCUUUGAUGGGAAAUAUCAUUUUCAGACGAUCUG